AACGCUGUCAUUCAAAUGCGCAAACCCAUGCACGCUAUCCUCGUGCGACCGGCCAUAUUGCAUUGAAUGAGUGCUUGAAUAACAGAGGGCUGAAGUAGCCAAAAAUAAAUCUUCCAACAUCCCAAAGUUGCGAAGACUUUUUGCCAUUUCUAUCAUCAUGGAAAAUUCGUACGGGAUUGGCGUAGCCAACAGGUACGCACUUUUUUUGGAUGAUGAAUCCGAUCCAUUGGAAACGCUAUCCAUAAAAGAGCAAGAGAAAGAACUUAAGAAAAAAGCCAAAGUAGCUGAAAAGGAAAACAAAGGUAAAAACGAACAACCCAAGGCAAAAUCCGUGGCAAAUGCCCAGAAAAAACCCAUCAAGGAAACGACUAGUAAUAAAGCUCAAGAAAAUAAACGAGAAGACAAUAAACCGAAUCAAAGGGCUACGGCAGACGGAAAACCGGAUAGGACUUUUGCUAAAUUCAAUAAUGAAAAUCGGGAGGAAAGAAAUAAUAGGAGAAACCGCGAAGACCGACCGUACAAUGGACCUACUGAAAACCGUGACCGCGACCGUGAAAAUAGGCCGAGACGUGAAAACUCUGAGAAUUUUGAAAACCGCAAUCGUGAUAGGGGUGAAAGAGGUGAACGACGAGAAGGCAGAGCAAUUGGUAAUCGUCCAGGUGGACCCCGCGGACCUAAAAAGACUUUCGACGAUAGAAGGGGUAAAAGAGAAUUUGACAGGCAAAGUGGAUCUGACAAAACCCAUGGUUACAGAGGAGUUAAGCCUAUUGAAAAGCGGGACGGUGCUGGGGCGCACAACUGGGGUUCUCAUAAAGACAUUAUCGAAGCUGAAACGGAGAGGCCCAGCGAUGCGGACCAGAGCUGGGGAGAAACGGAAAAAAUUGAAACAAAUGAAGCGGAAAAAAAGGAAGAACAAACCGAAGUCGAAGCAACUCCCGUCGAAGAAGAGCCUAAAGAAUUGACUCUGGACGAAUGGAAGGCUCAGCGUGCUGGACGUGCCAAGCCACAAUAUAACAUUCGGAAAGCCGGCGAAGGUGAAGAUCCGAGCCAAUGGAAAAAGAUGUUCGAGCUGAAGAAAAAGGAAAAGGAAGAAGAGUCUGAAGAUGAAGAGUACGACGUAUCGGAAUAUCCUCAGCGAGUUGGAAGACAGAAGCAUGUUUUGGACAUCGACAUUCAGUUUAACGACAGCAGACGUCCGGGCGGUGGUCGUGGAAGAGGGCAAAGAUCUGGUGUCAGGGGCGGACGCGGUGGUAUUUCACGCGGAGGCGGAACACCCCGGGAUGGCAGAGGUGAUGGGUUGGAAAGACCACGGUUUAGGGAGGAGCAGAGCGAUGAAAAGGGUACUCCCAGGGCUCCCAAAGUUGACGAUGAGCGCGAUUUUCCAUCACUUGGUUAAAGAGACGUUUAUAAUGUAAGCGGCAUUCAGUCGCCAUAUGUUUUGGUGGUAACUUUACCCAUCACAUCAAAUUUAUUAUGUAUAGAUAAUAUGAUUGAAUUAACUACUUUGUUACAAUUGGAUGAAUGGAAAAAAAUAUUCGGUAAUUAUCUACCGAAAUAUUUUUGGCAAGUUUGUUGUGUGACAUUUCGCCCGCGCCCGAUUUUUCCCUAUACGUUUUCUAAAUCUAAAACGCUAUAAUCGAAGUUGACUGUUAUUUUAUUUUUAACGAUUCGGGAAUUUGGGUGUUGGCGAGACUUUACCCCCCCCCCCCCCCCCGGAGGUCAAAAUUGAUCCCCAAAUCCAAUUUCCACAGUUACUGUUUGCCAUGAUCAAAACACUUAAAAAAAAACUUUUAACCUAGUUUUCUCUAAAAUUAUGGUGUAUCAAGUUAGGACUGCGUGCCCACCCCCUGCCCCACCAGCUGAGGAUGACGGUUACUAGUCAGUGUAUGGCUGCAUUGUUGACAGUUUAAUACAUGACUGCUCAUAAUAACGUCGUAUUUUGUUUUUUGUUUUUUUUUUUUUAAUUGGCUACAUUGCGAUUCUCACAUUCAAUUGUUGAUCGUUUUCAUACGAUUUGUAUUUUUUUUUUUAAUAAAAAAACU